GCAAAAGCGAAACGACGUGAAGCAACAAGUGAGUUGCAAACAUUCCAAACGAUAAUUUCAGAUUCCUCCUAUAUCCAUAUUUCUGGCAAUGGCCCGGUACUUCAAAGAACAAGAUAUCGAUGAGUUUCGUGAGUGUUUCUACUUAUUCGCGCGUUCGGGUCACAUAACGACGCUGGACGAGCUUACAGUGAUAAUGCGCUCACUGGGACUUUCUCCCACCAUACAAGAGUUGACCCAGUAUCUGAAGAAGAAAAAUGGACGCAUGAGUUUUGCCGAUUUCCUAGAAGUUAUGCAUCAGCAUUCGCGCGUAGAAAACCUUCCCGAUGAGGUUGUGCAGGCAUUUAAAGCCGGAGACAAAGCAGGCCGUGGAACAAUCCCUGCACGACAGCUGCGUCAUCUGCUGCAGAAUUGGGGCGAAGGGCUUUCGUAUCGUGAGGUGGAUAACAUUUUUCGCGAGGCAAAUGUAUCGAGCAACGGCCAUGUCCGGUAUAGCGAUUUUGUACGUGUAGCUUGUGCUCCAGUUCCAGAUUAUUAUUAACUAUAUCUGGCCGAAAGCUAGUUUCAUCUGUUCCAUCUGUAUUUGAUAUAGCUACAGCUUUUCUUUUAUUUUAUUCACGACAGGAAUCAUUAUUUAUAUUUAUUUUGUUACACUUAGAUGUUGCAAAAUAUACUUAUUUAAUCACGAAUGAGCUUAGUA